ACUCAUAUUUCAAAUUUAAUAGUAUAGCAUUUUUAUUGUUUUUAAGAAAAAUAAUUAGAUUGCAGCUAGAUUUAAUUUUUAUCCAAUGUGGCAACACAACACGUGACUAAAUUGCAUCAGACCUUAGUGUAUAUAUACAAAGUAGGCAAAGCAAAAAACACCCAAUAAAACAAAUCACCUUAAAUUUCUUUGAAUCAAGAAAGCAUCAUAUUCUCUCUUCCUUCAGUUUCAACUUUAACAAGCAUGGAGAAUAUUGAUGAAGAGUGCAAGCAUUUCUUGGAGAAUAGCAUGUUCCUCCAAACCCAAGAGCUUGAUGGCUGGGGGUUUGAUGAGGCACUUUCAGGGUACUAUGAUUCAAGCUCUCCAGAUGGUGCAGCUUCAUCUAAGAAUAUUGUUUCAGAAAGGAAUAGAAGAAAUAAACUCAAUCAAAGACUCUUUGCACUUAGAGCAGUGGUCCCUAAUAUUAGCAAGAUGGACAAGGCUUCAAUUAUUAAGGAUGCAAUUGAGUACAUAGAGCACUUGCAUGAACAAGAGAAGAAAAUUGAAGCUGAGAUAGUCGAACUUGAAUCUGGGAUGCCAAAUAGUAUUAAUUCAAGUUAUGAUUUUGAUCAGGAGCUUCCUGUGUUGCUGAGGUCCAAGAAGAAGAGAACAGAUCACUUGUACGAUUCUGUCAGUUCAAGAAACUAUCCAAUUGAACUUCUUGAGCUUAGGGUUACCUAUAUGGGAGAUAAUACAAUGGUUGUAAGCUUGACAUGUAGCAAAAGGACAGACACUAUGGUUAAAUUAUGUGAAGUGUUUGAAUCUUUGAACCUCAAAAUCAUCACUGCCAAUAUCACUUGUUUCUCUGGCAGGCUUCUGAAGACAGUCUUCAUUCAGGCAAAUGAAGAAGACAAAGAUCUGUUGCAGAUUAAGAUCCAAACAGCCAUUACAGCUCUUAAUGAUCCUCUAAGUCCUAUGAGCAUUUAAUGAAGUGCA